AUGAAUCUGUUCCCGGUAGGUAAUAUUUGUCAUCUAUCACACUCUACAUCAGAUCACUGCCCAUUUCUUUUAAACACAGAAAGUGAUGAAGUACAUACUAAGAGCUCUAAAUUCAGAUUUGAGGCAUGGUGGACAUUAGAGGAUUCUCUAGAACAAGAAAUAAAGGAUUCAUGGGAAGCAUCAAAUGGCUCGCUAAUAGAGAAACUGAAGAGGUUACAGGUCCGAUUGCAGAGUUGGGCAGGCACUAUCAAAAAGAAGAGGGAAAGGUUAAAAAGAAAGCUUUCUAAAGAUCUUGAAAUUUUGGUAGAGAAAGAAAGGGACGAUGAAACGAUGGAAAAAUCAUUGAUACAAAAAUCCAUCUUAAUAUGGAGAUUGAUAAAGAUGAAUUAUACUGGGAACAAAGAGCAAGAGUAA